AUGCUCGGAGAUGAUUACAUAACGACGCAGCAAUGGAAAAAGGAUUUUGUCCCAAGAAAGACUGAAAUAGUAGCUACGCUUGCAUGGCUCCAAUUACCUGACUUACCGAUCGAAUUCUAUCAUCCCGAAGCGGUCACGAGGAUUGCAUCUUAUGUGGGGAAACUAGUUAGGCUUGAUAGAGCAAUGAAACUGGGAGCAAGAGGGAAGUAUGCUCGAGUGUGUGUGGAAGUCGAUCUUUCCAAGCCUCUUCUCGUGCAAUUCAAAAUUUUGGGCAAAGAGUACGAUAUUCAAUGGGAAGGACUAACAAACAUUUGCUUUGAGUGUGGAAAGUAA